CACACAGACACAGAGCCGCACACACACUCUCUCACGCUGAGCCGAUGGGGGUGAGUGCGGGUGUGGAGCCGGAGCUGCUGAUGGAGGGGGAGUUGGAGAAGCGCAGUGAGCACCUGUUCCAGCUGUGGGGCCGCCGCUGGUGCCAGUUGACCCGCGACAGUCUGCGCCUGUCCCCGCGCCGAGCCCGAGCCCGAGCCCGAGCCAAGGAGCUGCCGCUGCGGGACAUCAGUAGUGUGGAGUGUGUGGAGCGCGGCGGAAGGUUCACGUACUUCACCAUCGUCACCACCGACAGCAAAGAGACCGAUUUCCGCUGCGCCGCCGACAGCAGUUGGAGCGCAGCGAUCACUCUCGCGCUGAUCGACAGCAAAAACCGCCGCGCGGUGCAGGGCUUCCAACUCCAACACAGCGGCCAACCCGAGCGGCCCGGGAGGGCGCCCUGACCCCCCCCCACCCCCACACCAGGACCACUGCUUCUAUUGAGGAAGAAUCUCUCGACGAGUUUGGACCAAGGGACCCCGGGCGGAGAUCGAUGGAGUAAUUGCGGCCACAGCGACGAGCUGGUCUCCCCCACUCUGCUAUGCCGGGAGCCGGGGGCAGCCCCUGAUCUCUAUUUAUUUAUCUAUUGCGGAAUCUCAGAACUCUGGCUUUCUGCUUCAGCUGUUAUUGACAUUUAAAUUAUUUUAUAGUCUUAAGUUUGCAUAUUUAUUAAAAGUCUCUUUUUCAAUA